UAAAAUUACUUGGACCGCUAGCACUUUGAUUAAAGAAAUUGCUGACGUGUCUGUUGAAAUCAAAGAAAAGGUUCGGCAGAUGACAAGGCAUAGAACUGAGCUAUACAACUCUCUGUGGGAUAUGUCAGAUGUCUUUUUUGACAACCACGUAAGGGAUCUUCGGAUUGUAAUGGAAGAGAUAUGUCAAUAUCUCGGGGCGGGCAUGUGCAGUUUUACAGAGAGGGGAAUAGAAGAUAUUAUACAAGGCAAAACUCCUCACGAUCCACACAGUAUCAACGUCUUCCAUGAGCAACAGGAAACGGAAAAAUCUUAUCGGGAGAACAUAAAACACUUUACCGCAGAUGAGCUACGCUAUCACACAAGAUUGGAAGAGGUCAUCAGUAUUCUAGAACAUCAUCACCUUGAUGAUUUGACAAGAGCGCUACGGAGUGGCCAUGAUCUUACUGAAAGGCAUUUACCACCACGAGAACAGCAGUACCCGGCAAAGUUGAUAAAUGUGAUGCCUAUUGCUAUUGAGAUCGCCGUGACAGGUUGCGGCGACUUAAGGAAACGCAGUCAACUCAUCAGAGAGCUGACCAAUAUUAUUAACAACACUGACGAACCUGCAGACUAUGAGCCGAUGUUCAGGGACAGGAACGCUGUCCACACCGCUUUCGAUCAAAUCUUCUCGGGCUUUGGAGAGUUUCAUGCACAAUCGGGAUGCAUACGAAUUUUUGUACGUCCUUAUGAUAUCUCACAAUUCUUCCAACUUUUAAACGCAUGUGUCGACGGGGACCUGACAUCAAAAUUGAAGCCACUUCAAGACAUUGUUCGCGAAGUUCAAGGAUUUGAACAAUACGACCACGAGGUGGUUUUGUACAGGGACAAUUAUACGUGUGUGAUGGACGAUUUGACUGGCCAGCUGCUGAAGAAACUCGAAGAAAAAGGGUUUAAGUUGGUACAAAACCGUAAGAUUACGGUAGACAAGUCCGACCAGGGUAAUGUCAUUUUGACAGUAUCGUGUAACUCUUCAAGCGAUCGCCGCGUCGUUAGAAACGCUCUACAAAAUGGAUGUUUGCAACCGACAUUUGAUGUUCUUCAACAACAGCUUAAACAUGUUUAUCCCGACGUGUCAUUGAGUGCUACAGAAGUUAAGAGCUGCGCAUUCCCAACGAAAACUGUUGUUUGGAUAAAUCCAAAGAAGAUAUCGAUCGACCCAAAUGCUUCAUUCUCUAGAGACAUUGACCUGUGGUUCCUAUCAGAUAGAAACAUGCCUUCAAUAACUGGGAUAUCUGUUAACGGUACUGGACGCCUUGUCGCUGCCGAUUUUGGCAACGCAUGUAUCAAACUGAUUGACACAAACACCGGUAAAAGAAUUGGUUUGGCUCUAUCAACUUGUUGUUCUCUUUUAUGCGACAAAGAUUGUGGCAAACAAUACCGUCCAUGGGAUGUAGUUUUUAUUGAUGAAGACCGAGCAGUAGUGUCUGUUCCGGCGGCAGGUAAACUUAUCAUUGUCGACACAAGAAAUAAUCAAUUAUCAGUUCUCAAAGAGGUGAUCAAUCAAACGCAAUGCCGUGGACUUGCAUAUUGCUGCAGUCGUCUGUAUGUUACAUAUGGGUCACCGGUGAGAAAAGUAAGAAUACUGGACACCGAAGGUACAAUCAUGAAAACGUUCACGAAUGAGCACCUCCAUGAACCAUGGCAUGUAACAGUCAAUCUAAACGACAUGUCCAUAUUUGUAUCGGAAUCAUUCACAAAGCGCAUCAUCCAUUUGGAUGCCAAUGGUAUUCCAGUGCAAAUAAUGGACUUAAAACAGGUGACUGAUGAGCCCAGAGGUCUCGUAUUUAAAGACGCAUCACGAUUAUGGGUGUGUGCCUACAGAUUUAACGGUAAAGAUUCUAUAGCUGAAAUCGAUUUAGACAAUGCCGAAUGCAGUGAUGUUGUUGGUGAAUGCAUAGAAAGACCAAUCGGUAUUCAUAUAGAUAGCAAAUCGAACCUUGUGUUCCUAAGCAUGUGCAAAACUCCUACGCUCCGCGUGUUUAAGUUCGAAAAAUAAAUUAAACAAUCGAAUGUUAACGAACAAUGAGAUCAUGUGUUUGACAAUUGAAUAUACUGUAUUGAUGAACUAUUUAAUAUUGUCUUGAGAGGUGUUUAAUCCUUUCUGUGUGUGUGUCUGUUUGAGUCUAGCUAAUGUUUUGUUGUAUCCAACUAUUAAGCUUUAAGUCAAUUACCAUACAUUAAGUCUUCAUGCUAUAGUAACUUUCUGCGAUGCUGGUGCAGCGUACGUUACAUUUCAAUAAUGGUAAAACUAGUACAUUAUUUUGAUGAAAAUCGUUGCUGUUUUCUUAAUUGUGUUAAUGUUUAUCUAUCUAGUUUGACAUUUAUUUUAAUCAUUUUGAUGAGUGUCAAUCACAUCAGGCGUGUGAUAGUUAAAUCAAAUACCGAUUGAAAACAUGUUAAAAAGCGUACAAAAUGUUUUUAAAAGUCUAUCCGACCCCAUGAUGUGUCAAAUGUUUCUGCCUUUUAAACGCAUGUGUCGAUGGAGACCUUACACCAAAAUUGAACCAUCUUUAAGACAUGAUCCGCGGAGUUCCCAAUUUAGACAAAUUCAAGCACGAGGUUGUGAUGUACAGGGACUACUUUUUAAAUGAAAUUAAUCAUAUUGAACCAACAUGAUUAAAUCUCUACGGCAUAGCGAGUUAGCCUAAUGUUACAUUCUUUAGAGAAUUUGACCUUCUUAUCUUAUAAGAUAUAAAUAUAAUGUCUUCAGUAACUUAGAUUUCUGUUAAUAGUUAUUGACGCCUUUCUCUGCUGAUUUGUAAAAAAAACAUGUAUAAAGUUGAUUGAUAUUACGUCCGGUAAAUGAAUUGACAAAGCUGUAUCGACUUGUUAAACUCCGUUAUUCGACAAAGAAUGUUGCAAAAAAAUACCGUCUCUUGGCUGUAGUUUUUAAUGAUGAGUGCUUAGUAGUGUAUGCUCCGGCAGUAGAUAGACUAACUUUUGUCGACACCAAAAACGAUUAUUUAUAUGUUUUCAAAGAGUUGAUCAGUGCCGAGGACUUUCUUAUUGCAAAGGUCGCGUGUAUGUAACAUAUGGUUCACCGAGGAGCAAAAUAAGACUACUGAACAUCGACGGUACAUUCUUGAAAACUUUCUCAUACAAGAACUUUCCAGCACCAUGUCAUGUAACAGUCCAUGCAAACGACAUGUCAAUAUUUGUAUCGGAAUCAAUGACCAGCCGUGCAAUCCAGUAAGACAUUUGUAUCCCAGUAUAAAUAACGGGUUUAAAACAAGUGAGCCAGGGGUUUAAUAAUUUAAGAACCAUCAGCGCCUACAGAUUUAUUGGACAAGAUCUUGUCCCUGAAAACAAUUUAGACAACGAUGAAUGCAGUGAUGUUGUUAGUGAAUGCAUACAUUGCACAUUUUGUAUUAAUAUACAUAGUUGAUCGAACCUUGUUAUUGUCAGCGUGUGUGAAAAGCAUAUUCUCCGCUUUUUAUUUAGGAACGAUGAACAAAAAAUCAAAUGUCAACGAACAAGGACACCAUAUAUAUUGAUACAUUGGAUAUUCCACUGUUUUACUCUAAUUUGAAAUAUAAUCAUUUUUGCGUGUGUCCUGUCGUGUCUAAUGAUGUGUUACUUUUUAUUGUGACACACUAUUUGACAAUAAGUCAAUUAUCAUGCAUAUAAAACAUCGUGCUAUAUUAAGUUUUCUCUUCUGCUUGUGCUGCUGACGUUUAUUUCAAUAGCGGUAAAUCUGUGUUUACAUUAAUUUAAUGUAUGCAGCUUCUUUAUUUCUUAAUUGGUCAGUAUUCAUUAGAUAAGUGUUGUCCUUUUUAAUAUUUGAAGUAUAUUAAAUAUUUAAUAUUUGUGAAACAUUAUCAUGCCCCCAUCUGCUGUGUACAUCUUGAUCGUCAGGGAAUGUUUCUUUCACUUUUAUUAUUUCACAGUAUGCUUCUGGCUGAUAUUUGUGAUAUGAAAUCAACAACAACAACAUUUAUUAGCAUAUAAACAAGAUACAUUCCGUGUAAUAUGCAACAAUAUAUCAUUACGUAAUGUGAACAGACAUGUGAUUGCAAGGAUGGAAGUUAACAAAACUAUACUGAAUACUUAGUUAAUUGAUAAACCAAAUAUAUUAUUUGUUAUCUAACAUUUUUCGUAUGGGCGUUGUAUACAUAGCUUGCUAUGUGAAGGUGUGUGUUUUACUCGAUGAUUGCAUUAAUCUAUCAAACCAAUGUACCUUUGAAAAUAAUGUUUAAAGUAUUAUUUUCCGUAUGUCUCUAUAUAAAGACUACAUGGGUAUAAAAUUGUGUUCGGUUUCUAUUACAUUGAGAUUACACAAUUUGCACUAUCUUUCUCCAUGUGGGAUGUUAUUAUAGCGUCCUCUGUCUAUUUAUUAUAUUUUUGCUUCUAAACCGAAAAAUUAUGAGUAAAAUUGUUUAAAUGAAAUCAAAGCAUGGUUCUUUAUUAAACGUGUGUUUACUUUGUUUCUGUAUUUGAUUACCAACAGUCAUGAUAAAAAUUAAAGUGAUACAAUUUAUGUUAUUGAUCAGUAACCUCUUUGCUUUCUUCUAUCAUAACCUAAUUUUAAUAAUUUGUAUAAUCCAUGUAAUGACACUUAUGUAAUUUUGUAUUUGGCUUAAACGCAAUUGUAUGAUUCAGAGCUAAACAAUGUUGUUGUUGUUUGAUUAAUGUAGUGUAACAGUGAUGUUUGAAAUUACCAAAUUAUUAUUAUGAGGUUGUAAACGUAUGAUUGAUCGGCUUGUUUUGUUGUAUAAACAUUUCUUGAUCUCUCCAAAUAUUUCUUAAUCGGAGUUUUUCGAUUGUGUUUUUAAUAUUUGAUACGAAGUUUAUGUGAGUGUAUGUAAUGCUUUGUUGCGCAUCAUUGAACAGCAAUUAAUCAGUCAUUUCUAUAAGACUAUGGUAUGCAGUCAAUAAUAAACCUGCAAAGGAUAUCUGUCCAGUUAUCAGUAAAAUCCUGUUAGAGUUGUUGAUUCCUAAACGUUUAAUAUAUUCUGCGCAAUUGUGUGUGUAUUGCUGGUAGUUCAUUUGCUUUAGCAAAUCUCCAUACUUUAGCUUAGUACCUUAGGACUGGAGAGACUAAUUAGUCAAAUAGGUUUUACAGUAUUUUCAAUUCGUAUUUCUUUAUAACCAUGACAACUCUGUGUAAGGCUCUUUUCCAGUAGUCCGCAAGUGAUUGGGCGGCUUUAAACAAACAAAAUCCGUGUUUAAAUAGUGUUAUACCGAAAGUAUUUCACUUUGUCUUAUAGUUCCUAGUUAUAGGUAAAACUUGUAAUUUGUGUGUCUUUUAUUCUUUUAAAAUCAGAAAUUUCGUUUUACUUAUAUUGAUUUUGAUAUUCUUCACAAAUGUCCAAUGCCGUUUUUACAUUGAUUGUAGUAAUAUUGGUGAUGUUGAGAAAAAUACCUGGUGAUCAGGUAUAUCAACAAUUCAGAGGUUUAUUUCUUUGAUCGUUAUAAUUCCAUCAACAUUAGAGGUUAUUUGUUCUAUCGUUUCAAUUUAUACUAUGCGUACUAUCGCAUCGUUUACGAACAUCAAAAACAAAAUGAUUGAAUAUCGUUUAUAUUAUUGUAUUCCUUCCAUUGAAGUUAUAUAGUCGGAAGUUUAAGAUAUAAUUUUAACAACAGCUUUAACAGAUUUGUACAUGGCCCGCAAUACGGAGACCAUCUUGGGACUGAUAUUUUGUUGUAUAAGUGUUUGGCAUAACAGUGCCGAUUCUGUCUUGAAUUUAGUACGUUAUUUCUUAUACUGUUCAGGAUAAAAUUCAAGCGAACGUACGUUUGACUUUUUGAUAAUCAUACGCAAAGUUCGACAUUGAUUUAUUUAUUUAACACCAGUGACUUAUUCAGUUUAAUAGCACGUUUUAAUUAAUUUUAUAAUGAUACUUUUAAGUCUUAUUCUUCGAUAAUCUUUUUCAAAUUGGUGUUAUUUAUCCUAUUUCCCAACUUUCCUGGUACUGACCGGUUUCAAAUAUUAUAUUAAGUAUAUGUUUUAGUUGGAAAUGAUGAAAUUAUAUGCAGUUUUGAUUAUUUCAGCUGGUAUAAUAUCGGAACAGUUUGAUUUUCCAUGAUGUUGAGCCGAGACUGCAUUUUGAUUUUCUAUUUAUGUGACAUGGUUAUAAAGGGUGUCAUCUGCUCCAUAAAUGUUAGUUUUUUCAAAGGUUACAACGGGAAUAUCGGCAGGUAUAACUUGCAUUUUAUCGUUAUAUAAAUUAUUGCGAUGAUCUUACAAUUGUUCUUACAGAGCUUGCAUGGCUUUUCCUAUCAUACAUUUCAAGUUGUGUUCCAAUUCUGCUGUGGUUGUGUCUUCGCAAAAAUACCUUCAGCUGUCUCUUCUUUUUUUGUGGCGAUAUAAGUUUUUUUAAGAAUGUAAUUGUAUUUUUAGUUAUGUGUUUUAUUAAAAUUGUCUAUAUUCUAAUUUGCUUUAUAUUUCUUAAAAGUGUUUAAGCAUGGUUUAAAUCUGAUCUUGUGAUUCUACAGUGUAUAUUGUAAUAUUUGCAUUUUUGUUUACGGUAAUUAUUUUGGUGUGUUUGUAUUAUUUUUCUGAUAUAUACAUAUUAGCUUGUUUCUUCUAAGUAAUCGAACAUUAUCCAAAUUGUUUCAUUUAUAUUUUCAUCAAUUGAUGUAUGUAAAGUGUGUAUAUUUUCAUUUUCGAAAUUUCAUUGUUGUUUCGAUUGUGUUAUUUACAGAUGUAAAAUUCAUUCAUGAUAUUUAGAUCCUUCAAAUAGAGUCAACGUGACGAACUGAAUGUGUCAUUUUCGAUAUUAUAGCCUGCUGCCACAAUUAAAUAGUGGUUCGCACAAUAAAUUCCAAGCACGCUUUGAGUGUCGAUAACGUGAUCUUGAUAAGUGCGUUUGGAACAAUCCAUGCUUGGGAAAGUUAAAUUGCUGUUAUUGUUUUGUUAUCAUUAUUUAAAUAUGUAUUCUACUAAUAUCUCAAACUGAUCAUGUUGUAGAGUUUAAAUAACCAAAAAUGCAUGUGUGGCCCAACAAUUGUCUAUGCCGUGUUGCAUUUCUUCGCAAAAAAUCAAAGCAUUAGUUUUUUUUAGUAAUGUUAACCAUAGAUUGGUUUGAUUUUAGACAUCGUUCGUAAAAAAAGAGGUCUCUUCCAUUUUACCAUCUUUAUUUAUUCCAUAAGAUUUAUGUCAAUAAAUGCGUACUCUAAGAAAGUCUUGAAGUUCGAUGUGUAAUAAUUAUUGUUAGUUUAUCCAAGUUUUCCGUUAGGUCUCAAGGUCGUCCUCGCUUAUAAUUUGUUAAUAGUCACAGUCAUGUAUUGACCUUAGUUCUAUCACAUCCCACGCGAUGAAUGUACACGUCUCCAUGUAUUUAAAUGUCUAAUAAAGCUAAUCUAUAAGGAUUAUAUAUUGCUGAAAUACAAAACGUGAUACACAUUAUUAACGGAUAAUUUUAGUGUUCACCGAACGGAAUGUAUUUUUUUAUUGGAUAAAUAGUUUCAAUAACUGAUUACUCUUAAUAUUUCUGUCGUAUUCGUCAACUCGCCGGAAUUGCAGUUUUAAGGUAUUUGAAAACGUGGUUUACUCAACUUUGCACAAACUUUGUGUUGCUCGCGAAUCAAAACAUUGCAAGGUCUAAUCAACUCUAUGCCUGCGUGCAUACAAAUAGAAAAUUGAAUAUAAUUGUAAAUGCAACUUUCAUAGUUCUGCCUAUGGACCACAUCACACUUCAUUAUCAGACUGACUUGGUCAUCAAAUUCACCGUACCAAACGCAAUGGAGCCUUGCCUUUAAAUUUGGAUUACACGUUUAGCCUCUCAUUCAGUUAUUAUUAUUAAGAUAUAACUUACAAGAUGCUUACACUGUUCGUAGGCGCUCAAAAGUUUGGUUUGUUUUGGUGUAAUUAAUUUUCUAAUAUCGUGACGUCACACACAAACACAAAUUGCCAAUGAAAGGCCGAGAUACAACAAUACAACUUGAACUGAAUCGAACCACUGUAUAUAAUUGUGAAAUAGAAACAGAAAGACAGGACAUUGAAAGCGGAAGGUGGAUCACGCAUGUGACAACUAGAUGAUUGUUUGCGAAACGCAUUUGAAUUUGUCUCGUCCGUAUGAUCAAUGAUACAAUUGAUACAAUUACCAACCACUUACGUUUCCGAGUGAUAUGUUAAUGAAAUCGUUAGAUAUUGUUCAGUAUGUGUUUUCCGUACAUGUAUAUUUUCGUUCCAAAAACCAGGGGAACACAGUAUGAACAAUUCCGUAAUUUACAUGAAUAAUAACUUAACUAUAGUUUGCAUUGUUUUACCAGAUAAUACAUUCGUGCCAUAUACCAAUCGAAUAACCUUUGCUUGAAAAUCUAAUUCGAGGUAUUUCAUUAUUGUUUGUGUUACCAUAUCAUUGAUCUUUCGUUCUAUCAAUGGUCGAUUCAGCACCUUGGGCUUAACGCUUGGGGUUAAAUUGCUUAUAGUUAACACCAACAUUAGAAAAAUAAACUAUUCAAAUCGUAA